CUCAAGUUGCCACAGCCCUGCCAAGCAGCCUGCUGAGGCAAAUGGCGCGAUGCGAAUAGCAUCGGCUACAGCUCUCUGAGGCCGGGACGACAUGUCCCAGCUGGGAAGCCCGAAGAGUCAGAGCCGCCCUGCCAGCGCUUCUGACAAAGAUGCCGGGGAGGAUGAGAACCUUUGGCGAAAGACCGUCAGCAAACUGCAAGGCAAUGCCCGCGCCGUGGUCUUUGCCAGUCGCCUUAACAAGGCGACCUGGGAGCGUGGCACGAAAUUGGUGGGCUCCUUGAAGAGCUUUGUUCCAGAAGACAUCUUGGGCAACUUCAAGGAUUGGAUCGAAUAUCCCGAAGGCUUUGAGGAAGAUGAGGUGUCCACGAAGUGGUCAGAGGGAUUCGCCUCACUUCCACAGACUCCGUCACAGGCGAGCAGCUAUAGGCCAGGUCUGUUGGAGCCGCACACCGUGCUGCCAGAGAUCGUCAGCCCGCGGAGCCCAGGCCUCAGCUUGCCACCGCAGCGGCGGCGCUUGGAGCGUGUGGGCGAUCGUUUGAUGCGCCAGCGUACCGAUUGCCCACGGCAUGACCAGUUGAAAGAGCUGGUACCACAAUUGCCGCCGGAUCCGCCUUUGCUGAGCAGGGCUGCCCGAAAGGCGCAGGCCGAGCGCCGAAAGCAAGAGGCAGACAAAGCCCGGGCUGAGGCUGAGGAGCAGCACAGGCAAGCCAGAAGAGGCUUUGCAAUCGCACGGUUUCGUGCGGCAGGUUUCGCCAUCCUGAGAAAGCUACGCUCAGGGGAUGAGGAUUUCUUCACGCGCCUGAACAGCGCCGCAGUCCUCCCCAUGGAGAAGAAGAACCGAGGCAAGCAGAAGGAUGCUGACCUCUCCAAGAUGCCGGAGGACUUCGACCCCUUCUACCACCACUUGCGGCACGUGAGGCGCCGGCGCGAAGAGCUGUCUCCACGUCAAGCUGCCAAGAGGGACGAGCUCACGAAGCGAGGAAACUUCAGCCCGAGCUUCAUUGCAGAUCUGGCGGUGAAGCCCAGGGUGGAAGCGCAACCUUUGCUAGCCUUUAUGGAGCAGGGGGACUUUAUGUCGACGGUGGAGCAGAAAGUGGAUGCAGACUCUGAGCACCAACUCCUCUCCAGGCGCCUCCGGAGCCUCCGAGCCAAGGAGCCGCGAGGCGAUCCGAACUCUCCGGCUGAGGAAGUGGGCGCCGCCAAGUCAGCUCGACAGCGGAAACUCAACACAGGAGCUACAGCGCCUGUGAAGUUUGCCGCGAGCGCUGGGAAGGGCAGCAAGAUGCAGCGGAUGCUGGAGUUGUUGGAUCCAGGAAAACGGGCUGGAUAUGUGGUGGCGGACGCGCUGGUGCCUUUGAUGUUCUGGCUGGGCCUUACGAAGAGUCGCACAGCAGCCCUUGAGACCUUGAGGAUGGGCUUUGGAUCCCUCCAGAUCGACAGUGGGGCCUUGCUGGUCAUGGGGGAGCACGUGGAGGUCCAGAUGCGACUGGUGGAGGGGCUACGGCACCUCAUCCGCCGGGAAUCCUUGGAACAGCUCUGCGAAUACAUCACAGGCAAUAACUUCCAGCGACUGCGUGCCUGGUUCAACUCCAUGCGAGCUGACCAGUUCGGCUGCGUUGACAUUACCCAGGUGCAGAGCCUCUUCGCCAGGAUGGAGGUGACGACAGACCGGCAGACGCUCUUCCGCUUGUUGAGCUACAUCAUUGAGAACCCGCAUCCGACUGCAGCCAAAGAUCCACGGGAAGCAAUGGCCAUCGAAAAGAAGAAGUUUAGCCUACAGGGGUUCGGCUCCCUCAUUUGCCGCUGUGCUGCCUCUUGGGUGCUUCAUCGGGUCUUCCGGUCCAUCCUUGAGGCACCUGAGGGCGCUUCGCGUCGUGUACUCACCGAGCAGGAUAUCGCCAUGAGGUGGAUUCAGCUGCAGCGACGCAUCAUGAUUUCCCUUAUGGUGAACCAACGCUUUUGGGGCCGUGAGUGUCGCCAAGUGCUGGGCCAUCUACAACCACCGCAGAUGUCACUGGAGGAGCUGGGUAAUCUAUCUCCGGAGCAGUGGAACUUGCUCUUCCAACGCGUCCGUGCACAAGGGUUGGCUUCCGUGCUUUCGGACGAAGAGACUUGGUCGUGAACCUCGCCGCUUCCAGGAGAGUUCAUUUCAUCAUGUGGCGAGCCUCAGUUUGUGCCAGAGGCCACGCCACAGUGUUCAAACCUACCAUGUGAUACGUGUAUAAGCAACGCAUGUAUUUAGGGGCUUGUAUUUGCCUCACUAUGUGCACAGGAUCAACUUUCAUGCUCCCAGCGGUGGAGCUGUUUCACAUUGUUGUGAGCUUGUGGAGCUCCCGAACGGAAAAGAAAGGAUCGCGCGUUUCGCCGUUUCGGCAUUCCGGGCUGCCUUGGCUCGCGUUUGUUUCUUGUUUGGGCCAGUUGAAGGCAGUAUCAAACUGAGUUGUUGGUAUUAGUUAUUUGUGCUGGCCUGGCUAGCACUAGCAGACAUCGAGCACUGUGAAGCUGUCAAGAGGUGUGAGUUGAGGAGAGCAAGUCCGGAGUGUGAAGGUACUACAUCAACUUGAAUACUUGAAAGCAGGUGAACUGAUGUGUGAAGGGACGGAUGGCGAGGUAUUGACAAAAGGUGACGAGGUAUUGGAAGUGAACUGAUGUUGAUGAUCAGUUCACGCCCAACAGAUGCAUGGCUUCUUACAUCAUGGCUUCAG